AUUUAGGUUAUGUUCAAAACUAAAUCGAGAAGCAUGCAAAACUAGGAUAGUUAUGUUGUGUUAUUAGUGAUUUAUUUUCAAGGCAUUACAUUCGUCCAGUCAUGGAUGACCAUAUUUUGAAAAUUAAACCAGAACAAGAAGAAGAAAUAAAUUUGUCCCUAGAGAGAAACAUGGUUUUAAGUAAUGAGUUUUUGGUAACUGUAAAAGGAGAACAGAAUACUACACCCAGUAGCGACGGAAUGCAGCAACAACAACAUUAUUUGUCAAAUAUUAAAUCUCAGACUGCACAAUUUAAAUGUAAAGUUUGUGAUUACGUGGCAGGUAGUGAACAAAAUUUUAAGAGACACCUUUUGACUCACGAAACUGCUAACGUCUUUAAUUGUGACAUGUGUGACUAUACCUCCUGUAGUAAAGGUAAUUUGAGGAAACAUGUCGUAAUACAUAAUCGAUCUAUAGAUUUUAAAUGUGACUUGUGUGAUUAUGCCACAUAUACUAAAGGUAAUUUGAGUAAACAUGUCUUAAUACACAAUCAAUCUAAAGAUUUCAAAUGUGAACUUUGUGAUUAUGCCACAAAUAGAAGGUACCAUUUGAAACUACAUACCUUAAAACACAAUCAAUCCAAAUAUUUAAAAUGUGACAUUUGUGAUUAUGCCACAAAUAGAAAAGGAAAUUUGAAAAAUCAUCUCAUAAUGCAUAAGCGAUCUAGGGAUUUUAAAUGUGACUUGUGUGAUUAUGCCACAUAUACUAAAGGUAAUUUGAGUAAACAUGUCUUAAUACACAAUCGAUCUAAAGAUUUUAAAUGUGAAAUUUGUGAUUAUGCCACAUAUAGAAAAGACCUCUUGAAGCUACACAUCGUAAAACACAAUGAAUUCAAAUAUUUUAAAUGUGACAGUUGUGAUUAUGCCACAAAGAGAAAAGGCAAUUUGAGAAAACAUGUCUUAAUACACAAAGAUUUUAAAUGUGAAGCCACCUAUAGAAAAGGAAAAUUUAAAACACAAAUCUAAAGAUUUUAAAUGUGACAUUUGUGAUUAAGACACAUAUUUGAAGACA